UUAAGCGACGAUUUUCAAGAUCUUAGAAAUGAAAUGCGGCAAAGAAAUGUUCAAGGCACUCAAGGCAUUCAAGGUGAGGAUCUUUCGGCCAAAGUGUGGAACGAAGUAUAUAUUAGCGUUGUCAAACGCCUUUUCCCGUGUGUAAUAUAUCCCACCCAAGAUGAAAUAAAAGAGUCCCUCAAGGACUACUUGAACGAAAA